AAUUCCUUGCAAAAGAAAUAACUGUUUAUAGUCUUCUUUCUCUUUUGCUGCAAUUCCUUGCAAAAGAAAUAACUGUUUCCUUACAAAAGAGACAAAAAUGUGAAUGACAUGCGUCGUAAAGGCGAGGAACCAGAGAGACAAAAAUGUGAAUGACGUGCGUCGUAAAGGCGAGUGACCACAGAUACGCUAUAAUGACUCACUUGCAGGGCUGGCUGUAUUACCCCUUUUCUUCUCCGUCUCCACUUCUGUAUUUGUGUGAAAAAAAUCUUUUGUCACAACAGCUAAUCGAUUUCUAGCCUUUUAGCCCUCCAUUACAAUGAGCGUUCUAUCCCUAUUGGUUCUAUUAUGCUAUGCAUUAUUUAUCACUACCACCACCUCCAUACAGCAGAACAAUCUCAACUACCUCAGAACAACUGUAAUGCGUAAUCGAUACUCUGAUGAAGGCAACGAAACAGAGACACGAUGGGAUUAUGGAUGUGAUAGUGGUGUUGGACCCAGUGAAUGGGGAGAACAAUCCCCAAAGUGGGUGCUUUGUAGCAAGGGAGCAGAACAAUCUCCCAUCAGAAUACUCUCCUUUGAUGUUGCUAAGGAUCGACAUACGACUUAUCUGGAAACAAUGUAUCAUCCUGCAUCUGCCACUUUCAUCCAUGAUGGCAAUCUUGUCAAGCUGAAGUGGAAGGGUGGCUUUCUGUACAUUGAUGGGAUUCUUUAUGAACUUUAUGAGACUAGGUUCCAUACACCAUCUGAGCAUUCCAUCAAUGGAAAAAUCUAUCCAUUGGAAAUGCAGAUGAUGCAUAGGGAUUUAAAUAACGGUGGCAUGGUUAUCUUGGCUAUACUCUUCGAAAUUGAUGACAAGAUAAACAAGUUUCUAGAUCAGUUAGGCAUAGUCUCCGGUUCAUCACGAUACUCCGCCACCAACAAGUGGUGUAUAUUCGCUGCUGGAGAAUUUCUCCAUGGCUGA